AACAGAGCUCUCAGAACUUGAAGUCCUCAUCCAACCAAGUGAAGAGCUUCAAUCAUCAGCCAUGCCUGGUCCAGUGAAAACAUCCAAGAAGGGCGCCAAGAAAGCCGUCUCUAAGAGCACCUCAGCAGGUGGGAAGAAGAGGAGGAGGAGCAGGAAGGAGAGCUACGCCAUCUACGUGUACAAGGUGCUGAAGCAGGUCCACCCCAGCAUCGGCAUCUCCUCCAAGGCCAUGAGCAUCAUGAACUCCUUCGUGAAUGACAUCUUCGAGCGGAUUGCUGGUGAGGCCUCCCGCCUGGCUCGCUACAACAAGCGUUCCACCAUCAGCUCCAGGGAGAUCCAGACUGCUGUCAGGCUCCUGCUGCCCGGUGAGGUGGCCAAGCACGCUGUGUCCGAGGGCACCAAGGCUGUCACCAAGUACACCAGCUCCAAGUAACCUGCUCUGAUGCUGACUGUGAAACUACACACAAAGGCCCUUUUCAGGGCCACCCACCAUCCAGCUAAGAGCUGCUCUCCACCAACAACU